CCCACCCACCCCGGCUGGCUUUCCCAUGCACCCUCGGACUCAUUCGAUGGGGACGAGGAUAUCCACCGGCGGCAGAUCGCAGCCCAAAGUGGUGGUCAUCGAGACGCGGCACGUGCGGACGGACACGGAGCACUUCAAGUCGGUGGUGCAGAGCCUCACCGGAAAGGACUCUACUCUCUCGGCCGUCGUGCCGGAGAAGCCGGCCAUCAGUUAUCCCGGAGGAGUUACUGCCGGCCCAUGUGGUAGCGUUGUCGAUGUCAGGAUAUGGCCGUCGGCGGCGGAAUACCUUCCGGCUCUAGCGAUGCAGCCUCCUCCUCUUCUUCUUCCAGCGCCUUCGCCUUCGUACCAGUCGUUGAAUUCGGUGGCAGAGAUAUCAUCAGAUGAUUAUAGCUAUUAUAUGCUUCAUCAAAAUUAAAUUACUAUGAAUAUUGUAUGUGAUCCUCCACCGGUUUAAUUAUA